ACACUGGCGGCCCAAUAUAAAAAAGCCCAUUCAGAUCUACAGGCUCAUAAGCCCUAAUACAUCAUCCACCUCGCUGCCUCACACCGCCGUAGACGAAGAUCGCCGCCGCCGCCGAUUGCCGCUGCCUCUUCUCCUCCAGUGUGAUUAUUCUAAUCAGGUGAUUGGUUGUUAUGGAGAGCUCUGAUGACGAAAAAGAUGGUGUCUUUGAGAAUUAUAUACCCAAAGAUCUGAGUCAAACUUUAGCAUCUAAUGGUGCAAAGUUUGUGGAUGUAGUUCUCAAUGGUGACAAUGAACAUUGUUUGGAGAAUUUUCGUAUGGAUAAGCAUGCAUUCUACAGGUUAUGUGACAUCUUACAAGCAAAAGGUCUAUUACGUCACACAAAUCGAAUCAAGAUUGAGGAGCAAUUAGCAAUAUUCAUGUUUGUAAUUGGCCAUAAUCUACGAACUCGAGCAGUUCAAGAGCUAUUCAGAUACUCAGGGGAAACCAUCAGUCGCCAUUUCAACAAUGUUCUUAAUGCAAUUGUGGCUAUCUCAUUAGAUUUCUUUCAUGAUCCAGGUUCUGACAUUCCACCAGAAAUCCGAGAAGAUCCUAGAUUUUAUCCUUACUUUAAGGAUUGUGUGGGAGCAGUUGAUGGCAUACACAUCCCAGUGAUGGUGGGUGUGGAUGAGCAAGGACCUUUCCGUAACAAAAAUGGUUUUCUUUCACAAAUUGUUCUGGCAGCUUGCUCAUUCGAUUUGAAGUUCCAUUACGUUCUAGCUGGGUGGGAAGGCUCAGCAGCCGAUUUACGAGUUCUAAAUUCAGCUCUUACAAGGAAUAAGAAACUUCACGUCCCUGAAGGUAAAUACUACCUGGCGGAUACCAAGUAUGCAAAUAUCCCAGGCUUCAUUGCUCCAUAUCAUAGCACUCCCUAUGGCAUAAUCGAAUUUGGUGGUGGUGUGCAUCCUCAAGAUGCGAAAGAGCUUUUUAAUCAUCGGCACUCAUUGUUACGCAGUGUUACCGAUCGCACUUUUGGGGCCUUGAAGGCACGGUUCCCUAUCUUGAUGUCAGCUCCUCCUUACCCGCUACCAACACAGGUGAAAUUGGUUGUUGCAGCCUGUGCAAUACACAAUUACAUACGUGGGGAGAAACCAGACGAUUGGAUUUUCAGAAUGUAUGAACAUGAGGAAGCUGGACUACAAUUGGAAGAUCCAAUGCCACCUUUAGAAAUUGAACAGCCUGUAAUGCAUACAAAGGCCCAAGUUGUGGACAUGCCUUUUGAAGCAGAGCAACUGGAAUAUUCUUCACAGUUGCGCGACUCUAUUGCAGCUGAGAUAUGGAACGACUAUAUCCGUGAUUUUUCUUCUAUUUAGCUGUUUGUGUAGAUUGCAGUUCUUGUAAUUAGUUUAGGUUUGGAACCUUUUGCUGUGAUAACCAUGUAAAAAAUUGUGUUUUAUUUUGGGUGGUACUUGGCAUUUGUGUUCAUAGGAAAUACAUGGGAUUGGUCUCUGCUUGUAUCAGCAAAUUCAAGUUUUAUGCUGCAAAGCUCUUGUUCAUCCA